ACGAAUCGACGCAUGUUCUCCUCAUGUCGGACCUUCAGAUAGGCGAAGACCAUCCCUUGUCACUCGAGCUCGCUAGCCUAAGGGCGACUGUUGCGAGUUACCAGCAUGAGGCCCAUGCAGCCGCGGUGAAACUGCAGCGACACUCUCUGGAUACUUCACGCUCCUUGGAGCAGACAAACACCCUCCGGCAAGAGAAUGCGCGCCUGCGCGAGGAGAUUGCGGUCCUGAAAGCGCAUCCGGAUGUUGCGCCGCACCCCGCCGCGUUGCAGGUUCAGGAACUCACCCUCGCUUUGAGACGUCUUUCGGAGAAACUCACAUCUACUGAAGAUAUCUUACUCCUACGUACGACGGAGCUCACGCAUGCUCGGAGCGACCUACACACUGCGCAGUUAGACUCGGAGGCAGCACACACUUUGACCGUGCAGGCAUACAUUCAGAUUGACCAUGAACGACAAAAGCAGCGCGAGCUGGAGCGCAGGAUUCGUAGCGCAGAGGAAGAGCGUAGGCUCGCAGAUUUAGUCGUUCAGGAAUACGCAGAUCUUGUUCGGAAUCUCGAGGGCCGGAAUACGAAGGUCUCGCCGUCUCCGCUGCCGCUGGCCACGCGUGGUAGCGCGACAGACUCCAGCACUACCCUGAUUAACGGCCUAGCAGAGGGGAAGCUAGGUUUACACAAGCUUCUAGUCGAACAUCAUGCCGAGACCGAAAAGUUGGCAGCGCAUGCCACCAAGCUUUCCGACGAAAACGAGUUCCUGAAGACUCAACUUGAUGUCGAGCGAAAGCGUUCCGAAGCAGAUCGAGAAUCCCUUGCCAAAUUACUGCUCGAGCUCGACAAAUGCAGAUUGGACGACAGCACUGCUACGAAAAUGGUCUCGAGAUACAUGAAAUUCUCGCAGUCUACGAUCGAUUCUCUACAGCAAGCUAUGGAGAAUACGAAGACGCGUCAUGCCGCGACGCUAGCGACGUUUAAUGUCCAGGCUGACCAUUUGCAGAAGGCGCUGUCAGCUGAGCGCCGCCAGGCAGAGAAAUUGCGAAACACUCUCGACGAGCUCUCAGAAGACAUUAAUCGUGAAGCAUAUGGGCGUCGGCGCGAGGUCGCACUUAGGCUUGCAUUCCUGUCACGCGAAGAAAGUCUGGCGGAAAACUUGCGUAGAUGGCUUCACCGCUCGAGAGAGUCCAUGGAUCGCUCCCUAGCCGGGAUCCCGGAACAGGAAAGCAGGAUUCGCGACGCCUCUGAUCGCCUCCUUCGCGAUGCAGAAUCUCUCUUGGACUCUCUGAAUGGCCAGCCUAAUGUGGACGACUCUCCGGCUUCUGUUGCUCGCUUGGUUGCCGCGCAGGAUGCCGUCCGGUGUAUGGCGAAGGAGCUGCAUGAGGAAACGGAGAAAAGGCUGCAGUUGCAGUGCCAGCUCGCCGAGCCGAAUGACACUGCUCCCAUUUUAUCGGACGUCGCUUUAUCUUUGCAAGAAACAGUGAUCUCAGUCUCUGUCCUUACUCUUCCCAAGCCACCUGCCGAGCCUUCCGAACCAAGUGCUCUGCUCUUCGGCCCUGCACACAACCCUCCACUUGUGGCUACUCCGUCCGCUGGUAAUAAACAAGCUCUUUUGGAAGAGCUCUCAAAGGUCAAGUUUCGCUACCAAGAGCUCCAGAAAUCAUUUCGUGACUGCAAUGUAACCCUCAAGGACCUAAAGAAGGACGCUGGCUCAUUAUCGCCUACUUUCGACAUGUCUGGUGUCAUCCGGACGGCUAUCGAUCGGUUAGACGAUUAUAAUGAAGAUGCCCGAGUCGAACUCGAGAUUCAAGUCGCAGACGAGGAGCGCAUUCUUAUCGGUUACGAGACCCUUCUCUCAGUAGCAGGCGCACUGGACGAGGAUAUGGAGGAGAGCAAGCUGCAGGAAGACAUCCGCGCCUUUAUCGAUGGCUCCAACCGCGCGGUAACUCGAGCUAUGACCCAGUUCCCCCGCAAACUCGAUGAUCUCCAGCACGACAUCGCAUCAAUCAAGAAGGCGUUGCACGAGAUUUCCACUGAUGCGGACGACGCUGCGCGCCCCACGACACCCCCCAAGCACGGUGCAGGCUGGUCGUCCUGGACCGCUGGCAUCCUCGGCAGUGGCGGCGCCUCACGCCCUGUGAGCCCUGCGCCCUCGUUCGGCGCGGUUAUGACCUCACCGCGCCAGCGUCAGUCAUCAUUCUCGUUCACGCGGCGACCGUCGACGUUACUCGACGCGCGCAGUAGGUCGCCCUCUGACGACGGCCCAGACCCGUUCGCGAGCCUCGGCCUGCGCAUUCCGAUGCCCGUGCACGCCAUGCCCACGCCCGCGCUACCGAAGACAGGCACGUUCCUCUCGCCGAUGUCCAUGGGCACGCCGCUACGUCCUGGCCCGAAGCCCCGCGCGUCUUCGGCGUCACUCUUCUCGCUCGGCCUCGGCGCGCGGAGUAGCACAUUCUCGUUUGUUGCGCAGAGCCCCAGAUCGCCCAGCAAGAGCGCCUUAUGGAAAGAGGAAGGGUCGAAGGAUGCGAAUCCUGGGAGAGAAAGUUUGGAAGAGUCGAGCUCGGAUAUAGAGUAAACUUGUGUUUCAGUCUUAAUCGCAUAUUACUAGCUCGUUCGAAUAUUGCGUCCGCGGGGCGAUAUCACCGGAGACUGACUUGUUAAUCAUUACACUAUUCAUGAUGCCAUAAUGCCAGCAGCAAAAUUCCCGCGACUACACUACUAGGACGUAGAGAGCUCACUCAUAAUCCUCCUCCUCUUCCACCUCAACUUCGCCGCGUAUACCCUCGAUGCUAUGGUACGGAAUCUUGUCGUGCAGCCACCUGCCAGUCAGCCAGUCGACCCGACAGAGCCCGCUGGCAGUUGCGGAGGCUAGCCAGGAAGCGCUUGCAAGCCCAUUCCCUUGAUUCCAGGCAACGCGAGUCACACCGACCUCCGGUGACCACGCACCGCUGGCCUUUGUUGGUUCUCUGCUCGCGCCGCCAACCCUUGGGACUUCCUGUACAAGAUAUU